AGUAUUAUCCGUGUUAUGAUAGACAAAGAUUUUAAAAAGCUGACUACUAUACAGAAAUUUCCAACGUCGCAAAAACGUAGGUCUUCGUUCAUGGGAAACCCCCCGCAGCCUUUUUCUCGAUUCGACUCGGUAUCUGAGUGCGAUUGGUGUUCAGAUGAUCAAACAUUACUUGACGCCUUGGGAUGUGGUCGUGAGACGUCGCCGAUGGAGCUAAAAACGCUGUUCGUUUUGGUGGUGGCAUAUUUCGCAUAUCUUUUAAUUGGAGCAGGAGUUUUCAAUGCUAUUGAAGGCCCAAUGGAAGUACAGCACUGUCGAGAAUCGAAGACAGCUUUGAACACCGCAAUUUCAAAUUUAAAGUUUGGUAACCUUACACGCAAUCAGCUUGUAAAUCUUAUAGAAGUUAUGAUGACAUAUUAUGAUAAAGGAAUUCCAAUUUUACAAAAUGUGACUUGCAAAACUAGAAACUGGGAUUUUCAGAGUGCUUUCUUUUUCUCUGGUACCAUUGUAACUACCAUAGGUUAUGGACACAUUACCCCGACUUCGACCGGCAGUCGUGCUUUCUGUGUCAUCUACGCUCUUUUCGGGAUUCCUCUUUUUGCCAUAAUGUUCUCAGGAUUAAGUGAACGGUUUAGUCUGGUGCUGAAAAAAGGCACAAACAAAGUUGAUGAGAAGGAUAUGCAGCCAUUAAUGAAACACCUGUUGCUUUUUGUUGUUUUCUCCACCGUGGGCUUUGUGCUAUUCUGCUGCAUACCCGCAGCCAUUAUAUCUGUUGCUGAACAGUGGACAUUCGGUGACAGCCUAUAUUAUGCAAUUAUCACCCUUACCACGAUUGGUUUUGGGGAUUUUGUAGUAGGAGACAACCCACGCAUAAAGUAUACACCACUUUACCGAGUCAUGGUAUAUUUCUGGAUACUGUUUGGACUUGCUUACAUGGCUACAGUCAUUAAUUUUUUAACAGAGCGAUUUCGACAAAGAGGUUUGAUGAUAAAGAAAAAGUUAGGGAAUUAUGAAGACCCAGAUGGAGAGAAUGCGGAAAUUGCUGCUGCUGUUGCCGACUCACCGAAAAACUCAAUAUCCAAUGGUAACCACACCAACAAAGAAAUCAAUUCCUUAAAUGAAACCACAAGUUUAAAAAGCAGAGAGUCCUCAAAUACCGGUUCACCCGGUACUAAAUAAAUUCAAAUGAAAACAGAAAGAUGCUGCGACUUUACACAGUGAUAUACUUGUUGCUUGUUCUUGAAACUUCUCGUAUUAAGUCGUACUGAUCAGGAAAUACGUACUGCCAUGAUAUCAGUGUCUUACUAUAAGUGCUUCAGUUAAAUUUGAUUUUUAGUGGUGUUGUCCCAAUUUCGAUGUUUUAUCUAAUCUAUUAUGUCAGUCAUUAAUUUUUGCGAGCAUUUUAAUCUAUAUAUACUUUAUUGUAUUUAGUAUUGCCUUCAUUUCUUUUCUUCCAAGCAGUGUUUUUUAAACCUCAAAGUAAGUUGGUAUGCUCCCCCAAAUUUGAUUCACAUAAAAAACUUAUGAAUAUAGUUUUCGGGAAAGUAACGGUCAUGCUUUUACCAUUAAUGUGUAAUUUAAAAAAAAAAAAAAUUUUAACAUGUAUUCACAUUUUAACAUUUUUCAUACCAUUCUGCAAUGCUGCAAAAACAAUUCUUUUACAUUUAACUGCACAAUCACUAUUGCCAUAUUUAGUUACUAUAAUGUUGUCUCAGAUUUAUUACAUUACACAGCUAACCUAUUACCACAAACCUGCAAUUUUCUCACUAUUGCAUUUGAUAUUCAAGCAGUAACAUUAGUAAAUAAACAUUUUUUCAUUAUACGUUUUUCAAACAAAGAGUUAAAUAUUUAUAGCUUUGGCUGCUCAACAUUGUAUCUGCCUCAUAUUAAUUAACGUACGUUUUGUUCAUAAAAAGCUUUUUUUUACAUUGCUUCCAAUAUGUACAGCUUUAUCAUAUGCGAUGUAUGGAUGAGAAUUCUUUCUAAGAUGGUCGCAAUUUCGUUUAGCCUUCGUAGUAGCAAGAAAAAUAUAUAACUUUAUAGUGUAUAACUUUAUCUGGCUAAUACAAUUAUAAGU